GCAUCCUGAUGUGUGUGGAUGUCUCGCUUUUGUGCGUGAAUGCGAUAUCCAGGUCCUACAUAUGCAGGUGACGAGCGAGAGCGACCCCUACUUCUUGCACAGCUUGUCCGUUAACGAGGAAGAUUUUCAAGGGUUGAAGCUUGACCAGUCUAUACUGGUGGACUUUUCGACAUUCCCGUUCAAACUGAUCGAGCUCUUGGAACUAUGUAUAGAAUCGAGAACGGAAAAGAACCCACGGUUUAUUGGAGCGCUUGGCAUUCGCGGCGGGGAAUCGGCAGUCAGGAUCAUCGAGACAAAUCAAUUCAAACAUUUGAGUCAUAUUUCACUUUUCUUUCGCCCGGGAAAUGAUGCCGCCGUCAAGCAGUAUCUGGCGGGGCGCCUUGCAGAAUUUAAGGCUGCCAAGAGUGCAUUGGACGACAAGGUCGAAAGUAUGAUUCAAGAGCUGGAACAUACGAAGGACGAAGCUGGUCGACUUCACAGGGAGCUGAUGGAGCUGAGAGAGGUCAACUCCAAAUGUGUUGCCGAGCUACAGUCCCAGCAUGCUUUGGCACUGGCUGAGGUUAAAGAGAAGGCGCUGUUUGACUUGGAAUCCUUUAAAGAAAGAGCUGAAAGAGAAAAGGCUGAGAGCGAGGCACGGUUCGGCGAACAGACGCUAAGGUUGCAGGAGAAAGCGGACGAACUGGACAGACAGGUGCGUGUUCUGGUUGAUGCGAAGUAUGCCCUAGAAGCCAAAAAGUCAGAGCUCAGAGCACAGCUGGUGUCUGCACAGAAUGAGCUGGAAGAGACCCGCAAGGAAUGCGAUCACCUUCGGCGUUGUAACAGGGAGCUUGAUGCAGAAAACCACGAGAAGGAGAAGGGAAUCAAUCAACAUCUUGUCCGAAUCAGCGCCUUGGAUCAACAGGUGCAUGACCAGGAGGAUAUGAUUGCAAAUCUUUCCAGUCGAGUGGAGACCGAGGCAACUUGCAGGGCAGCUGUGGAAACGUCGUUGAAAGAAACACAAGCCUCAGCUUCAAAGAUGGAAAAGAGGAUGGAGGCCAGUAUAGCAGAAAUCAACAAGGGGAAUCAAAUCAUUGAGAGAUUGCAGAGGGAGCUCCGCGCCAGCAAAGGAAAGAUGAAGCUCAAGAGCGCAAUGAUUUCGCAGCAGGAAAGCCUGCUUGAUGAGCGCCAGAUGGCAGUAGACAAAGUUCUUCGCGAGAACACAUCAGUGCGCCAGGAGCUCGUGGACAUCAGGUCUGAAAACGAAAAUCUCAAAGUUAAGGUAGACGAUUAUCGGCAAAAACUCGAGGAGGCACAAGAACUUCUAAGGACAAACCAGCAGAUGAUUCAAUGGCUGAACUCUCAAGUAACAGAAGCACAGCUAGGGAAGUUUGGCUCUCGCUACCCAUUCAGAUCAUCACCACCAUCAGUGUUACAUGCAAAAAGCAUGACGUCAUCGGCAGCUCCAAUUACAUCUCUGUCCUCCAUUCUCGGGGCCAGCUCAAAGAUCCCGGCAACUACUUCCGUUCCAACUGGUGCGACAGCUAGGUGUGAGCCGUCCUGCGGGGUAAGGCAGCCACUCGCUGCCACACAGUCGAAUCCACAGGACGUCUUCGGCUCCAUACAAGGUACGCUUGGUGGACCACCACCAGGUCUUGACAGCCAAUUACAGCAACAUGUUCAUCCACGCGAACCUUCGCUUCUGCCACACCUAAAGCCCAUCUCUUCUUGUCGGUCUACCGAGCAGUUCACCUUGAACGCAAUGAACGGCAACAAUCAGCCCCAUGCCGCUGACUACUUUGAUGGAACCAGAAGGUGCUAUGUGCCUGACAGGGACUGGGAUCGGGACACCUACAAUAGGCGACCUUCUCGGGUGAGGGGUGGUAUGUCCUCCUUCGCACCCUCUAUGGAAUAUCAACCUUUGGUAGGUAACAUGGAACAAGGAACAGGUGAUGCAGCAGACCCAAGUGCCACUGCUGGUCCACAUGUGGCAAGGUAUACGGUACCGACUGGGACAGGGUACUGUACAGAGAAUGAUCCCUCCCUUGGGAAUGUUCAACGGGAUGCUUCCGGUGCUGCUAAGUCCAGAGGUGGGAACAGUAUGGGUACUGCUGCACCCUCUGGUCAGCCAAUGCGACCGCUUCACGAAGCUGCUGGAGCGUUCGCCGCCAAAGUUGGAGAUGCUAUUGCCCCGGGAGGGAGCGAUGCCAGGAUUGUCCCAAAGGCUUCGCAAAUUGGCACCAGCAAUGGAGACGAUCUCGGAAGGGCGUUCAGAGUGCCACUCAUGACAGCCAUCGCUUCAGGGAGCUAAUGGCAAGACUCACCACAGUGCCAGUCUUUCUGUUGUCUUUACAUGGGUAGACGUGUAGUGGUCGGUGGUUAAAUGGGACCCAGGUACCCUGGGAAAAGAGGGGUCACAAGCAAAAAUGGGACCCAGGUACCCUGGGAAAAAGGGGGUCCCAAGCAAAAAUGGAACCCAGAGCGUAGCCCCUGUACCAGUGAGGUCUCAGCCUCUGACCUACAAUGUGUGAAAGAUAUAACUGAGAUAUUAAUCCUGACGAAAGUUCUGUGAAGGCAGAGUUCCCAUGUGAUAGCUUCACGGUGAUAAAUGUGGCUGGCCAGA